ACAAGUGGUGCUUUAUCCACCCUGUCCCGCUCUGGGUAAGAGGAAACCCUUAAAGUGCUCCAGCUCCACCAGCAAUUUUUUUUUUCCCCCUCCCCUCUCACACUACUUUUCACUCAGGCCCUGACGGAACGUGUGCACGCUCAGGACGAGAAAUGGCAGCAUCAUCCGCGAGAAGAACCAUGGACGGGCCCUGCAAAACGCUGGCUUUUGCUCUGCUCCUCGUCGCCUCACUCCUAAGUGCUGGAGUGAUGGCACAGGAAGAGGAAGUCGUCACGGGUCCGGCGCCAACUGUGGAUGUGAAGGCUAAUGUACGAGGAGACAUGAUUCCAAUGGCAACCGAAGCACCUGCAGAACCAGAGGAUCCACAAGUCCAAGUCAUGGAUUUCCCUACCCCGGGACCUCUGCAAUCGACUGAGCAGACUACAGGAAUAGCUAUAGACGAGGAUGAUCAGCAAACUGCAGCUCCGGGGGACGAAGGCGAGGGAGUGGAGAUAAAAUUUGAGGUGCAAACUGAUGCACCAGAAAAAGUGGCCGAGGAGACGCACGCACCGAUGCCCGCCAGAGGCGACGGCCCCGCCAACGUACCACGGCCGAUGCCAAAGGAUGAUGUUGUCUGUGUGAGCAAAGAGGCGGUGCAGGACAAAAACGCUGUCAAACUGAAGCUCAAGGCUUCAUCCACCUGUGAAGACACAAAGGUGAAAAUUGAAAGUGUUCAGCAGGAGCUGUGUGGCGAGGACUGUAAACUAGAGAUCUUCCAGGAGGACAACUCAGACGAAAUCCUUGUGUCUGGAAAAUAUGUUGAAGAUGAUGUUGCCGGCAUGGCUAACAAGUUCAACAAUGACAACAUCAAAGAUAAGACUGAUGUGAUGGAGGCGGCUCCUCGUUGGGGGAACAACUCCAAGUUGGUGCUGGUGUCCUUGCUGCUGACCGGCCUGUUGCUGGCUGCACUGCUGGUAGCUGGUUAUUACCUCAAGACCCACCGCAAGAACUCCAAAGGAGUCAGACUGGCCGAAUCUUACCAGGUGGAUGAGGAGAACCAGGCCAAUACCCUGGUGUCAGUGGCUCCCCUGCCCCAGGAGCCCCUCGACAAGCCCACCGUCAACGGCGAGUCCCCACCGGAAAAUGGGACCAACCCCGCCCCCACCACUAACGGACACUCCGCCACCCAGACCCCCGUGGCUGACACGGAGAUGUGAAUCGUGACACCCCUGACCUCCAUGUCCUACCCAACACCCACUGGGACGCACCACCCACAAGCCCCUCAGCUGCCUCAGAGACUGUCCACACACUGAGACAAACUCACAAGAACCCAUCAAAUACAUUCACCUUCCCUCUUCCCCUCUUCAACAUGCGCCUCUCGGGACGACGACAACAACGAUGAAGCUCACGACAAUAAUGACAAUGCCUGUAAUGUGAAAAGAUUGGGAUCACUGGCCUGCGCUGGUGUCAAGAGGAGCCAACAGUUCAAUCAGCUGCCCCGACUUCUGUCUAGUUGUAACAAUCCUUGUAAAAUCACCAAAUAAUGCCAAACAUGUGCUGUUGAUCCCAGACGAACAAGCAGAGAAUGCUCGAUUAUUUCAAUCUACAACUGUGGUGCAGUGAAACCAAUGAAGCCAGGCAGUUGUAAGGAGACCAUUUUUUGUAACUGUUGUAAAAAAGGACUGACGCUCACUGCUUGAUUGUUUCUUUUGUUUUUUUUCUAUGUGAUUCAGGAAAUGUUUGUCAAGCCUUUCUUCUUGCCUUAAGCUUGUUCAAUCUAUUAAGCGUGAGAAGGUCAAAAAAGAACCAAACGAAAGCGAUCUGUCAAGUUUGAAUUAAUCAAAGUUUGAUGCUUUUCUUGCAGAUUGUUUCCCAAGAAAUUGCUUUUUGUUGUUGUAAAGACCAGUUGACACAGAAUUAGGAAUGUGCAAAAUAGUUCAGAGAUAGCGAGCAACAAGCACGUCUUUAUGGAAUAAUGUGGCCGAGCUGUUCAUAACAUGGAAAAGUCAGCUGUGAACUAUUUGCCUUGAUGCGUCAGACAGACAACUUAACCUUGACAACUUCUGACUUUAGUCAAAAUGUAACUGGGAUAAGUUGCAAAGUACAUUUUUAGUUUUGUGGUCACAUUAGUGUACUUUUUGUUUCUUAAUGCUAAUUCUUCCCACUCUCAGUACUGUCUUUGGGAAUGGUGACAUGCAGAGAACAAUGAAAAACACACAGUUUUUAUGUUGCUGCUCUGGUGAACAAAAUCACUGCCAUGAGAUUCCUGCACAACAUAAAGCAGGUUCAGCAUUCACAGGACCGCCUUUAUCUCCCUGUUGAUAUAAAACAUUUUCUAUGUGAGUGGUACACAUUUCUUUGCUUGUCUUUCAAACAGCUGGCCGCUUUCAUAAUGUGCUGCAUGUGUAAAUAAGCCUGCUCUCUCUGUAAGUAGUAACUGUGCCCGACUCAUAAACUGUGAUUGUUGACAAUAA